AUGUCAGAAACCUCCGUCUCCCUUCCGAGCUCCUUAGCUACAUCGCUCGCCCUCGAACCCGUCCAUUCAGCGUUUGCUAGGAGAAGAGCGGAGACAAGACGUUGGAAUCCCGCGCGUACGAAGGAGUGGCAGGAUGAACUCGCUCAGAAAGUCAUCCAUAACAAGAAAGCUCGUGCGGACUGCAACACGUGGUUGAAGCACGUGUCUUCUCCAGUGCCGAAGAAGAAUAAAGCGCCGACUGCCUCGAACCCCGAUGACGUGCUAGUAUACGUUAACUUCCUGUGGCUCUCUACGGACACGCACCUACAACAUACCAAAGCUCUUGAACCUAUUCAUCUGGCGAGACAGCGAUGGAAAUGUCAACCGCGCAACGUUUACAAGACCAUACAUGAUGUGUACCCGAAGGAAGAUCAAGUGCCCGUCAUAAUCGCAGUGGAGACGGCACCGCGAGGCCAGCAUGCCGAGACAAUUCACAACAAGAGUUUGGUACGGCCAGUCACCCGCAGCAGUAAUGCGCCUUCAUCGGGUCGAAGAACGGCGCAGAAGAGGAAACGCCGUCUGAAGAAUCAAGCCAAGCCCGAUGCCAUGAGUGGACCCACUGUAGCUUCUCCCUCGGAUGCGACGCCCAACGACACUAUGACUGUCGCUCUUCCACGAGAUGCCAUAAUCUCUGUCAAACGGCGUCGCACAGGAGGCCCUGACGCAUCCACGCACAAUGAAGCUAUCGCUGCUGCCGUAGACGAUUCCAAGCCGACGUCGCAAGCGAAUGCCAUACACAGUCCUGCUCAGAUGCUUCCUCAUGGGAUGGAUGCAACUGGCGAGAAGGAACCUGUCCCUCUAUCCAUGGCGCAUGUUGAGCCUGCUCCCGAAAGUCCGGAGGAGAUUGACGCCAGUUAUUCGCAGAACGCAACGGCCUUUCCUGUUGUUCCUGUCGGAUGGUUGGACGACACAACUCGGGCUCGCGAGCCGUUGCCCCCAGGUUCUCCCAUACUUCAACACGAAUCAUCACGCAGAGCAUCACCGGGAGCCAUACGUUCGCCUCAGGCUCCUAACUCUGAACCACCUACGACGGCCUUGGAUCGCAAUCUGCACAGUCAGCCUAUGUGGCCUCCGCUGUAUCCCCUCCACCCCUCCUUACUCCAAUCCUUUCCGGGCCUCCCGUCAAUCAAGGCCGAGCCGCAGGAGAGCAUCUCCCUGGACGACCCGAGUCUCCGGCACUUCACGCCAGAUCCCGAGGUUGAUAUUAAACCUGCCGUCACUCCGACGAUGGCACCCGUGGAGGUACCAGCCAAUGCUUUACAUCAGGGUGCGCCACUUGCGCAGGUACCCUCCUCGGGCCAUGUACCUAGAAGGCCGGCAUUGGGAGAGUACAAGAUUAUUCCACCUAUCUGGGCACAGUCUCGCCAGGAAGUAUGUGAGAACGCCGACUACUUCAGAGCCUAUCAAAGCGGCGUCUACUAUAAUAAGGACCAGGUUUACGGGUACUUAUUGGGUGGAUUUCCGUCGAAGCGGGACGCCUUUGAACAUGGUGGUCGGUUGAUCAUCUCCCACGGGGGAGGGGGCAAACCCGAAGCAUCCUAUAACCAUCGGAAGCGGGCACUUCACAAACACUUGGAAACCGGCGACCAGCAUCUCGAGGAUAACUCGGUCCGGGCGCUGAUGAACAAUUGGAAGAACCGCUAUCCCGUAGUCUUACUGGCGGACGACCAUUACGCUCUAUUCCCCUACAACCUUGCAGCGGAGGGAUAUGUUUACAUCGUGCUCGGGUACUAUUGGGUCACGAACGUUUGGGCCGAAUGCGACGGCGUACGCGAGAACGGAGACAAGAUCAUUCGUUACAAAGUCUCGUUUCAAUGGUGUAGUAACCAGGGGGUUCCGUGGUGGAUACCGGCAGAUCCUGCAGUCGACGUGCCCACAGCAUCUCUGGAUCCUACACUAGCGCCGACUCACCCCAUCGACUCUGUUCCCAUUGAAGACGCCACCGAGAACAGCCCUUCAUCAAAGGAUGAUCCAAUACUGCGUCUUUCAGCGCAAACGCACACCAGCCAGCGAUGCGCCAUAUGUGCGAUGGACUCCGUACAAGUUUACAACAUCGGUUGGAUUUGCCUAAACCCCGGGUGCAGAACAUUCUGGACUAUCGAUGGCAACCCGUGUUCAUUAAAUAGCCUCACGUUUGACCCGUCCUUCACGGCUCUACAGAUGCAGCCUGUGGACGUUAUCAUCGACUGGGAAUGGCUUUUGCCGCCGCCGCCUCCCACCGGUGGCACGACCGCAGUUAUCACUUCCAAUCGUUACUCAAGAGGUAUGCACUGUAGAAAGUGCGGCCGUCUCUCUUGCCGUUUCAGAUGGAGUCUUUACGAGUGCGGCAACGCCACCUGCAAGAAAACCAUCCAAAUCAAAGCAGGCGUCAGAACACCGCGCGAAUUCUGGACCCAGACUGACAUUGUCGAGGACGCAGACGACGUUUAUGACCCCAAAAUCGUUGCUCAGCCGGAGAUCGUGAUGCAGAGCAAGACAGGAGAAAUCUUCAUGGUCACGACAUAUAUACUCCCUCACGGUCGCGGUCAAAUCCAUAGGAUACGGAGUGCUCCUCGAUCGAACCGAAAGGCGAACGAAAUAUUCCGUGCAUACCAAGAACAAGCGGCGUCGGGACAAUUGGACUUCCGCCGGUUCCCGCUUCGAGCUCACCAAUGUCGUGGUACCUUGUUAACCGGAUAUUUCUCCCAGAAUAGUGGGGCACCAUACAAUUAUAUUGGCGGCUCAGAUUAUACUCUUCCCCUUGUUGUUACGGGCGAGUACGUGCCUUUCAACGAGAUCAUGAGCGUUGCGUAUAUGGAGGAUCAACGGAUGGCUUGGCACGCCGACGCAGAAAGGGGCCUUGGGCCAGUGGUCGCAUCGCUCUCCCUGGGCUCUACCUCGCAUAUGUACUUCCGUCGCUCAAAGCACAAUAUCACUGACGACGACGUCCCAAAGGCCUGCCCCGUUCUCACUUUGGUGCUCAAGCAUGGCGAUAUUCUCGUCAUGCAAGGCUCCGACAUACAAGACUACUACGAACACACAGUAGAACCAAUGGGUUUCCGUAUGGUUGCCACAGCGCGCGUUAUUUCACCCGACAACUACAGUAUGGGCAUCAAGAUCGAACAUUAG